CAACUUUUUAAUAUACUUGUCUAUUGACCAAAAAAUUUCUUUAAAUUGAAUUAUACAUUAAGACAAGGUGGAUUACUCAGAGAACAUGGUUAAAGAAACGACUUUCUAUGAUGUCCUUGGUGUUAAGCCUGGAUGUUCACAAGAAGAUCUGAAAAGAGCGUUCAGGAAACUGGCUCUAAAGUAUCAUCCUGACAAAAAUCCCAAUGAAGGAGAAAGGUUCAAACAAAUGUCACAAGCGUACGAAGUACUCUCAAAUCCGGAGAAAAAAAGGAUUUACGAUGCUGGUGGUGAACAAGCCCUCAAGGAGGGUGGUAUGAGCGCUGCUUCGUCGCCUAUGGACAUCUUUGAGAUGAUAUUCGGUGAUGGGCGCAGGAAGCGAAGAGGUCGCGAUGUCGUUCACCAACUCUCAGUUUCUCUGGAGGAACUUUACAAGGGUACAGUGCGCAAAUUGGCUUUGCAGAAAAACGUCAUCUGUGACAAGUGCGAGGGCAUUGGUGGUAAAAAGGAUGCAGUGGAGCAGUGCAGAAUGUGUGAGGGUACAGGUUACAAAGUUCAACUUCAGCAAUUGGCUCCUGGUAUGAUGCAAGAAUAUCGCAGCACUUGCAGCAAGUGUAAAGGUCAGGGUGAUCACAUUAAAUCAAAGGACCGCUGUCCUCAGUGUCUUGGCAAGAAAACCAUUAGAGACAGAAAAAUACUGGAAGUAUAUAUUGACAAGGGUAUGAUGCAUUCUGAGAGAAUUGUGUUUACGGGUCAAGGUGACCAAGAACCUGACAGAGAGCCAGGAAAUAUUGUUAUUUUGUUGGAGCAGAAGGAGCACGAUGUUUUUGUGCGAUCCAAUAACGAUCUCAAAAUGCGUAUAAACCUACAACUAGUCGAAGCCCUCUGUGGCUUCCAGAAGGUAAUCCAGACUUUGGAUCAACGGAACCUCGUGAUAACGUCCCACCCCGGUCAGGUAGUGAAGGACUCGGACAUAAAAUGUAUCCCAUGCGAGGGUAUGCCCGUGCACAAGGAUCCGUUCACCAAAGGCCGUCUGAUCAUUGAAUUCAGGGUCAAUUUUCCAAUGGUCAUCGACCCCUCCGUCAUUCCCACGCUCGAGCAAUGUCUGCCACCGAGGGAGGAGGUCAUCGUCCCGUACGGCUCAGAGGACUGCCCGCUCAUGGAUCUUGACACCGACUACGAGGAGAGAGAAAGGGAUGGGCAUCAGCACGUACACGCACACGAUGAAGAUGAGGGUGGCUCAUCGCGAGUUAAGUGCGCCACGAAUUAAUGGGGCUAACGACUCCACCAACACUCUUCCACCUCUCCAACACUGCUCAUCUCACUCGCGUUGUACAAGAGUUGCGAUUAUCAUAAUGAUGAUGAUGAUGAUGAUGAUGACAGGAUUAUUCGAGAUGUUUAAGGACCGAGUAGAAAUUUCAUUAUUAUGGCGUACGUCACUUAUCGGAAGGUUAUGUUUAGGGCUCCCGAGUGCGAAAUUACCUUUUUCGUUUUGCGUUAAAUUGUUUGUUCAGAGUUUCUGGGGAAUGAUAAAUAGUUUUCAGCUAGAUGGUUGCUUUAGUGAUAUACUCUGUUCAUUCCGUCGUAUUCUCAUAGACUGAGGGUCCUUAAUGUUUGUGCUUGAAUGAAAGAUUUUUGUAUACAGAUACGUUUAACAAGCGGUAUUACUCCUUGUGAAAGAAGUAUUGU